UUUAUUACGCACGGAACCUGACGCACAAAACCAGAUGGGUUAAUUUUAUUCAGGACUUAAAUCAGAUUUCAGAGUUGAUAUAUGAAUGUGUGUGUUGUAAAUGUUGCUUGUAUACUUUGGAUAUUCACCACACUAUGCAAGUCAAAUGGAAACAUUCCUGGAUUUUUCUUUAAAUGUGUUGCUUAAAGUUGGAAUGUACUGCUUACCACUCACAGAUUUGUGAAAGACAUGAUGGAACUGAACUAAUUUUGUGCAUGCAAGAUCAGGAGAUGGCAUCGCCUGACGGUGGGGAGCAAACUCCACCCAGCAGAUAGGAUCUGAAGCAGGCGGAGCGGAGGGCAGCUUGCGCCGAAACGGCUCAGGCUGGUUGAACGGGACGCCUGACAAGUCCCACGGAGAACUUCAGAGGGGCAAAGUCCAGCCUGAGUGUGAAGGAGACGGGGUGGAAGUUCCACAGUAAGAGCGUGUCGGGAGCAAAAUCACAUGCUAUUUUAAAGAAAUGCUCCAAAGAUGGCGGUGGUAAUAGGGACGGGACUUUUGGGUGCCUCCGGAGUGCCAAAAAGUGGAUUUGUGGAGGUUCUGGUGCGGGAGCGGUGGCACAAAGUUUUGGUCAACUUGAAUGAGGAAGCACUGACGUUGAGCUGCGAGGAGAACAGCGGCAACGACGGCGACAAUGUCAACUCCAACGGCGUCACCAACGGAUCUUACCUUGACAAUAAUAACACAAAUUCCAACAACGGCCCCCAAACUGUGCGCUCCGCGUUCACGGACCUACCGGAGCGGGUGCCCGAGGCGAUCGCCAACAGAAAGCGGUACGUUAAGGUGACCAAACAGGAGGUCGGGGGACUCGGGAUCAGCAUCAAGGGGGGCAAGGAGAAUAAAAUGCCCAUUCUCAUCAGUAAGAUCUUCAAGGGUCUGGCAGCGGAUCAGACUCAGGCUCUGUACGUCGGGGACGCCAUCCUGUCCGUGAACGGUGUGAACCUGCGGGACGCGACCCACGAUGAGGCUGUGCAGGCGUUAAAACGGGCCGGGAAAGAGGUGACUCUGGAAGUCAAGUACAUGCGUGAGGCCACACCGUAUGUGAAAAAGGGCUCACCUGUGUCAGAGAUCAGCUGGGAGACCCCGCCUCCCGAGUCUCCACGCCUUGUCAGUCCGACCACCACAUCCUACUCCUCCUCCAGCCCACCAAGUCCUUCUCCCCAGCCCGCCCUGUCUUUGCAGGGUGACAGGAGGUGCAUCCCACUGAAGAUGUGUUAUGUGACUCGAGCCAUGACCACACCAGAUCCUGACAACAGACAACUGGAGUUGCACUCUCCCGACACCAGACACACCGUGGUGCUGCGGUGCCCAGACCAACCAUCUGCCCUGGCUUGGUUCUCCGCCAUGCACGCUGUCACAUCCACACUGGCACAGCGGGCGCUGGCGGAGGUCAUCCAGAACUCAGCCAGGACGGGGAUUGCUGGCAGCAAAGAGAUUCGACACCUGGGAUGGCUGGCAGCAAAGACAGAGAGCGAGAAGCAGAACUGGAAGCCGGUGUUGGUGGUUUUGACAGAGAAAGACCUGCUGUUGUAUGAUAGUCUACCACGAGGGAAGGAGGCUUGGCACAGCGCUGCACACACAUACCCUCUUUUAGCAACACGUCUGGUCCAUUCUGGUCCAGACCGGGGGUCGCCUCACUCCGGCACAGAGCUCUUCUUUGCGACACGAACUGGCACACGGUUGGGCAUUGAGACACACCUCUUCCGCGCUGAGACCACCAAGGAUCUAUCCCAAUGGACCAGACACAUAGUGAAUGGAUGCCAUGCCUCAGCUGAGAUGAUCAAAGAAGUUACUACAAGUUGUCUUUACAGGGGUCAGGAGUGCAGACUGCUCAUUCACUACGAACAGGGCUUUUCUGUUCUGGCGGAACCCAGACUGGAGGACGAGGCGGCUACGGAGGAGAGAGGAGCUCAAACCCCCACCAAGCCCCGGGUUCUCCUCUCCUACCCCUUCGAAAAACUCAAGAUGUCCUCAGACGACGGCGUCCGCACACUUUCUUUGGACUUUGGAGGAAAGGAGGGGGAGAUUCAGCUGGAUCUUCACUCCUGUCCGAAGCCCAUCGUCUUCAUCCUACACUCCUUCCUCUCUGCUAAAAUCUCCCGUCUGGGUCUGGUGGCCUGACAGUUUCUCAGAAGGGACCACCUAUGAAAAAAAACAAAAAAACAAAAACCCUCGUUUCUCCUCCACCACUCUGCAGACUGCAUGCAGUACACCACCUCAAAUUCUUUCAGUUGGGGACCCAAGCUGAGUGAAUGUAGCCUCUCCCUUGAAAAUAAACUAUUUUGGGUCUCAAACUCCCAGUUGAAGAUGUACCGGAGACACCAGUCCAGACUGGGUUUGCUGAGAGUAAUUUGUUUUUGAAAGACAGGAUAUUCUGGGAUGAACCUUUCUUUUUAAGGGCUGAAAGAACGUCGGCUGGAGAACCACAAAAACAACAACAACAAUUGGCCAGAAGCGGUGGGAUGAUGUAGAAGAAGAGAGAACCAGACUGGGCAUUACUGUCACAUCAAGGGUCAGAAGGACUGGAUAUGUGUAGCAAGACUAAGAUUAAUUCACUUUUAAUUAAAUCAAAAUCUAACACAACUGUCUUCCAUUUACCAGUUAAUUAAUUUAUUCACCAUUAGCUCUGCAACACUGUUCUGAACUUCACCUCAUAUUCAUUUGUCUUCACCAAACACUUGACACAGUAUGGAAAGACUACAUGCAUAUUUGCUUUGUUGGUGAUCCCUGAGAUGUCAGCAUCGAUCAUUGAAAGUUAGAGGCACAACUGGCUGCGUAGUUUCCGAAAAAGUCCAAUUUCAACAUGUCACGUUAAUCUUAAAACUUCGGAUUGAGUGACCGUGCUGUGGUCAAAUGAUUUCAAUGCUUGAUUGAGUUGACAGCCAUCCAAGUCCUGAAACACUGGUUUAAUUUACAUGAAUUAGAACGUACUCGCUUGGAUUCAUUGUCAAUUUUUAAUGUCAUGUCCUAUUUACAAGUUAAAACAUGGAAAGAAUAUACAUAUGUAUCAUGAUAAAGUUGAUCGCAGCCAUGUGGAAAUCACUGAGGGUUUUUGAUUACAAAAAAGUUCAAUAUGUAACAUUGGUGUGUGUUUUUACAGGAAGUUUGUGGUGGUCUCUGUCGUGAUGGGAGUCUGCUAAUAGUUGGUGUAUUCCCAUAAAUGUAUUAUAAUAUUGAUAUUGGAAUUUUGUGCUGGAAAAUGGAAACGGAAGAAUGGUGGCCCAAUUGAUGUGUUUUUUGUUGUUUUUCAGCAAAAGUCUACAUGUGAAAAGAAGAAAUUGAAACACGUCAGCCCUGCGAUGAAUUGGCGACUUGUCCAGGGUGUACCCUGCCUUCACCCAUAAGUAGUUGGGAUAGGCUUCAGCUUUAGAGAGGAUAAAGCAGGUUCAGAUGAUGAAUGAAUGAAUGAAAUAGAAACACCUUUUUUGAAUGAAUUUUGAUAUAGCAAACACUUAACUCAUGAUCUUUCCAGACAAAGUGUGAAAACAUGUCUGACAGUACAACAGUUAGUGAGGAGAAGGAAAUACUCCUCUGUCUAAUCCUUGGAAAAAGACAUUAUAGUCAUUUUAGAUGGAAAAGUACGGAAUAGGAUUAGGGCCAAUAAAAAUUAAGGUCCAAUAUAUGUUUUUUAUUAUUAUGAGAAAAAAGUCAGAAACCCUAGAUUAAAGACAGAAUUUUGACUUUUUUUCUCAGAUGAGCAAAAAGUGAGUGAAUGUUAUGUUUAAAAACUUGUGUAGGUAAAUUUGAAGAAAAAGCCGCUGGUAUCUGUUUCCCUCCCUUUCGCUCAUUUAUUAGUGAAAUGGCUUCCUUCGGAACCCCUCGGAUGCGUAAACAGUCACCUAAAUCUGUCAUUAUGUCAGCCUGCUGUUCUCCUCCUGCAUGCCAUGAAGCAAAAGUGAUACUCCCUAAAUGUCAGAGAAAAAAAAGGAUUCUGAGAAAAAAAAUUUGAAUUCUGACUUGAAACUCAAAAUUCUGACUUUUUUCUCAGAAUAAUAAUAAAUAUAUUGGACCUUUUUUCCCCAGUGGCCCUCCUUCUCUUCUGUAGAAAAGAAACAACAGAAUGCUGUAUUUCUAUUUAUUGGAGCCAUGUGUGAUGAAACCUACAGCGCUACCUGUUGACGGCACAACGCAGCCUAGGUUUUUUGCUCAUAACAAGGAAACACAUAAUUUGCAUUUUCAUAUUUGCAGCUUUUCAAAAGUUUUCUUCAAAUUUGCUUGACAUUUUAUGGGAACACAGCCGGUAUCUGGUGUUUAAUAGAAACAGAGUGGAACCAUGAAAGACCUUGAAAGUGAGCAUAUUUUCACAUUAAAACUAAAGUGCAGAAACAUCAACAACCGAAUGGCUUCCAGCACAAAACAGACUCAAACACAAACUUCACAAAAGCACAUAAGCGCCUGACAAAUCUUACAUAAUGAAUCUAUAAGACAAAGGAAUAUGGAGAUGUGUAUGAUUACCUGACUAUGAAAAACA